AAAAAUAGUUAGGGAGACCUCACCACAUGGACUUAAAGAUGUUGACAUGUCACUCCCGGAUUUUGUUGUGGAAGCAGGAAAGAUACUUCACUUUUGAGCUAUUAUCGAGAAUCUUUGGCUUGGAUUCGAUAUGCAAUUGAGCUUUGUGGCAGCUGCCUCCUGCGCCAUUGGACGAUGCCAAGGUCACUCCUGCCAGUGGACCGUGCUUUUACCCUCUUGAAGGCCCCAUUAUCAGCCUCCCUGUCAGCUAAUUAUAAGAAUACCCAUCCACCUUGCUACCAUACCGGUAUCCAAUACCUUCCGGUAGGUAUAUUCUGUCAACAUGCCCCGCCGUGCUAGCUUCACGCACCUGAAGCGUCCGUAUGAAGAAGGUCGUUUGUUGGAAGAAGUGAACAAAUUGGGAGGAGGCACUCUCUUUGCCGACAAGGAGUUUCCUCCCACCGUGGCGUCUCUGAUUGACAGGCGCGAAGUUCCUCCGUUUGUGGUGGACGUCCCCAAAUUUACGCAACGAACUGCCUGGAAACGAGCGCAUGAUAUUUGGAAGAACGAUGAUGACAAGGAAAACAAGAAUAAGAAGGGAGUGGUACUGUAUACCAUGGAGAAUCUCAAGCCCACCGCCGUGAAACAAGGUGGAUUGGAGAAUUGCUACUUUCUGGCAUCCCUGACCAGUUUGAGUUUGUAUCCUGAACGCGUUACGCGUUUGUUUCUACCCAGCAGCAAUCCUGACUGUGGCAUUUACGCCGUUCGCUUUUUCUGCAAUGGCCGACCCAACGAAGUGGUCGUGGACGAUUGGCUGCCCAUUAAAAAGGGCGACGACCCCGUGUCCCAGGCAGCCGCCGCCAGUUUGGCCAGUAUCCCCAAGAAUGCCAAAGUCACCAUCCAAUCCAAAACUAACAAUGGCGAUGGCACGGAAACCAUUGUACGACAAAUUGAACAUCCCGAUGGACGCAUGCAAUUGAAAAAGACCACCACCGAUAUUGAACAACCCUCGGGGAAACUACAAUUCAGCAAAACGUCCACCGAUGAGUUGUGGGUACCCAUGGUAGAAAAGGCAUAUGCAAAGGUCCAGGGCACCUACGCUCAAUUGGAGGCCGGGUGUCAUUUCGAGACACUCCGGGACUUGACGGGAGCUCCCGGAUUCUAUUACAAAAGCGUCGACGUCGAUCGCCAUGGUCUGCUCAUGGAAGAAUUCUACCGACAACGAUUCCCCAUGUCCUGUGGAAUUGAUUAUACCUACAACAUGCCCUGGAGUGAUGAGCAGCUUGAUUCGGUUGGAUUGUUGGCCGAUCAUGCCUACAGUAUCUUGGCGGUCUGUACUGUGAAUACCAAACAAGGCAAACCCCAACGACUCGUCAAGCUACGCAAUCCGUGGGGCGAUGCCAAAGAAUGGACCGGUGAUUGGGGCAACACAUCCCCCCAAUGGACUCCCGCCAUUCGGGAUCAAAUUCGCAAACAGGGCAUUCCCCUCGAAGCCGAUCCCAACGCAGAAGACGGCAUCUUUUGGAUGGCCUGGGAAGACUUUGCUCGCUACUAUAAUUCCUGGGAUGUCAAUCAGUAUCAGGACCACUAUCACUUCAGUGCCGCCAUGCUGCAAGACAAACCGGCCGUGGGAUAUCAUUUGGUCACGGUGCAUGUCCAACAAGCCGGAGAAUACACCUUUGGUAUUACCCAAUGCAGCAAUCGGAUGCUACCACCAUCGGCCAAGUACGAGUACUCGUCCGUUCGAGCCAUUCUGGUCAAGGCACCAGAAAAUCCUGCCCAAGACGGCACGCCGUCCUUGGCAGGAUGUCAAUUUAUCAAGGGUGUGGUAGGAGAACAACGAGAUGAAUACAUUCAGUUGGAUCAAGGAAUCAAUCCUGGAAUGUACUAUCUUUUUGUGCAGGUCUGGUGGGAUCCUUCCUCCAAGCAUUUGCCCCAUCCACGAGAGAUUAGUGUCAAUUGCUAUGGGACGGCCCGGGUCAAGUUUGCACAAGAUGUGGCCGCUGCACACGACAAAAUUGAAGUGCUCACCGAAAUCUUUGCCGCCAAAGCACGACGAGAAAUGGCCGCCAGUCAUCACUUUGGUGGGGCUGGAGAACAAAUCAUUUGUCGUAGUCGUGGACAACCUGAUGCCCAAGGUAUCCAAGAAUACUACAAUCGCAACACCUGCCCCGAAGGAUACCAUUUCCGAUUGUUUACCAAUACCGAAACCAACAACGUUGUCUUGCAAGAAGACAAGAAAUUCUCCUCGUUGCACGGAGCCGAACUCGUGCGUCCGCAAAAGAAUACUGCCAACUACAAGGUCACCGGCAAGGAUGCCUACUCGAUUCGUGUCGGACCGGGUGAAACCAAGGGUGUCUUCUUAAUGGUCAAGAAGACCUUUGGUAUGGCCGGUCCCAUGGGCGCGGCGACCAUGAUUUUGGGCGAUGGUCGGACCGAAAGGGAACAAGAUUCCAAACAAAAGGAUCUUACGUCUUCCUACAACAUUCCAGACAGCACGGGUGUUCAGCAGACUGCUGCGCCGGUCGAGCAACUCACGACAAUGCACGUGGGAGGAACCAAGGGUGGUGGCCGUCGUCGCUCCAGUGGCGGCUUCCAGGCACUUGUAGCCAGUCUGCGUGGUUCUACCAAUGCUUCUUCUGUCAAGGCUACGCAGGGCAAAAAGAAAAAGAAACGUGGCAGCAUCUUUGGAUUCUUGUUUGGUGGGAACAAAAAGAUGCCAAAAGACAACGAGAGCGCCAAAGUUCCCGAUUCGGCUCCAGCACCGGCAACGGCACCAGUGCAGCAAGCGCCAGUGCCAGCCCCUCCAAUGCAAGAGCCAACCCCGCCGCCCGUACCUGCCCAAACUCCGGCUCCUGCAACCCCGCAACAUCAAGAUCAAUCUACAGCAGCGCCAUCAGCUGCGAAGGCUCAACCUUCGACGGCCAACAAUCAGGCAUCAAGCAUCCCUAAUACAGGGGAUAAUCCAGGUUCCUCCAGAGAAAGGUUCGCGAGCCUGGUUCAGAAAUUCAACGGGGAGGAAAAUACUGAACCCCCGACCGCUUCUUCUGAGUCAACACCAAAGGUCGAGUUGCGGGAGCAAGCCGAAGAUAACAACACCACAAACAACAACAAUGCGGUUGGUGCAGGAACCAGCGGCAAUGACACCGACGACAAUGCAUCGGGACAGAGAAACACUGCUGCAUCGCAUGAGCCAUCCCCCACUGCAGCUUCUACAGCCAAGCCAGAAAUCUCACCCGGCAGCCGGGAGGAGCCCGCCACCAGCAAGACAGAAACGUCUAAACCGUCAAAGGGUCUUUUUGCUUCACUGUUUGGUGGCGAAAAACGGCGAAAACGAGGCCGCAAGGCUACGCCCACCGAAGAAAAGAUGCUGGAACCGUUCCCAGACUUACGACAGGCUAAUGUUGUGGAAAACACCACGACGGUAGAGGAGAAAACUGUCACGGACGAGGUAACCGGUGCAAGAAGAGUUGUGGCCACAACCACAACCACCACACUCCGACUUGUCAAGUAGCAAGAUAAUGGUCUGUGCACAAAAGCUCCAUUUCUUCCCUCCCUCCCGCCUCCGUCCUCAUUCGCUUUCCUCAGUAGAACCGUGCCGGCUGAAUCUUUGUCGUGUUGUGGAUGAAAUUGAUGGCUGGGAGUCCUUGAAGGGCUUCCACGUCAUCUGUCUCAUAGUAUGCAUACAAAUAAAUGGCUGCAUAUCAAUAUCCCACACCGUUCUGUGGCCUAAACUUUACUAGCAAUAGUAGAUAUAAAAUCUCCAGUCGAAGCAGAACUCUAUGAGUUUAUUAGCCGCAACAGCCAUCGAAUGCUAAACAUGACUUCCUCCCAUCACACGGGGGCCUUUAGACCGUGGUUCAGCACGCCGGUGUUAGCUAGCUAGCCAGACCUUCUUCCUCUUUGUUGCGUGUCGGAUACCCACAAAUGUCAACGAUUGCCCCAUAGAUUCGUUCCACUGUUAGCAGAAGGUUGUCCUUCUUCCCGCGCUAGCUAGCUUCUCUUCAGGCUCUAUCUCCUGUACCUGGUACCAGUACCUGGUGGUACCACUCACGUCUCCGGUCAGAUGUCAAAUGUCACGGUGGAUAUCUCGCUUUAAGCCAAGUGGGCUGCCAGACGCACAAGUUUCGAUGUAAAUUUUGAGGUCUGCCGUUGAGCUCCUC